AUGAAGUUACCAAAAUUGAAACUCAAGCAGGAUGUCAUAACUCGAUGGAAUUCCACAUACGACAUGCUAAAUAGAAUUCUACAAAUCAAAGAUUCCGUUGUUUCCACAAUAGCAGUUUUACAAUGUGAUGUACCAUUGUUAACAAGUCAAGAAUGGAACAUUAUCGAAAAGAGCGUGGAAAUACUUAAGAUUUUUAAUGAUUUUACGAUAGAAAUGAGUGCAGAAAAAAACAUUACAAUAUCCAAAAUUAUACCUCUCGUUAAUAUCAUGAAUAAAAAAAUUAAUGAUUACUAUAAUGAUGGACCAACAUCAAUCGAAGUAAUGCAAAUGGUGAAGAGUUUGAAGGACUUAUUGAGUCAUCGUUUCAAAUAUGCAGAAGACAAUGAAUUGUUGUGUCAAGCUACUAUUCUUGACUCAAGAUUUAAAAACCAUGGAUUUUCUAACGAAACAAAAUUUUCUUCCGCUUAUGAAGCACUAAAAUUAAAAGUUCGUGCUGUAAAGUUGAAUGAGCUUCAGUCUACUAAUAAUAACAAUACACUCAUCGAGUCUCAACCGACAAAUUUAAGUUUAUGGGAGGAUUUUGAUAGGAAAGUUAAACGAAUUUGCGGUGCAAAUAAUCCUAUGGCAUCAGCAAUUAUCGAGAUGGACAAAUACCUCCAAGAGCCACUUUUGUGUCGCACAGAAGAUCCAUUAAUAUGGUGA